AUAAAAAGAAUGAAAAGAGAAACCAAAUGAUUAAAAUUAUCGAUAAUAUGGUUUCAAAAAAACAGUCAUUAGUCUCCACACAUAAUAAUAAUAGAAUAAAAUCAUAUAAUAAAAGAUCAUCAUCAUCAUCAAUCUCAAAUAUUAAAAAAACAGCAAAUUAUAGUUUACCAAUUUAUAUACAGCGUUUUGUAAUAUCAUUAUUAUUUAAUGAUUCAAAAACUACACAAUACACAAAACUUUCAAUAUCAUUAAUAUCAAAGAAAUUUUUAGAACUAUCAAUUCAAGAAAUGAAUCACUCCACCACAGUGCCAAUAUCUAUUAGUUACAGAUACAAUUUCAAUAGUAAUCUAUCACUACUCAAAUCAAAUGUUAAAUAUUUAAAUUAUAGCUUUACUUACAAAAAAAAAUACCGUCAUUAUUUUUACCACGAUUAUGACGAAAGACUCAAUGAAGAAUUGGAAUUAAUCAACAUCAACUACAGCGAGUUGGAAAUUCUCGAUCUCAGAAAAUGUGAAAUAAAUAGUAUUCAUUUUAAUAUUUUUUCAACAAAAGAUAAAUAUAUAAACCUAAAACAACUCUUACUAUCAGUUCCAAAAAAUAAUAAAAUUAUAAACGAAAAGCAAAAAGAACUGAACGAAAUAAAUAAAAGGAUAUCAAUUAAAUACAUAAACGAAAAAUAAAAUUGAAUAACAAUUCAUUCACCU